ACCAUGGCACCCUCCUUCUUCAAUCUUCCCGCGGUCUUGGACGCCAAUCAUGCUAACGGCUCGCAUGUAGAGCGAGUGCUUGGCCCCCGGCAGAAUCAUGUUCUUCAUACACAUUGGAGAACUCUGGACGAUCAGAGCAUGUCCUCUUCUGCUCUCAUGGACGCCUUUGCCAACGAUAUCCCGCUUGUGAGACAGCGAGGCUUCCUCACUCCAGAGGAGUGCGAGAAGAUGCUUGACAUUGUCAAGACGCACAAGAUUGUAGGACUACACAAUGACUAUUUUAGUGGCAUCAAGGAAGCGGAAUCUCUCCAGGUCCGUUGGAAAGAAGAGGCUGGUAUUGACAUUAUGCAACGAGUGGCCGAUAGCCUGGGUAAAACCACCGGCAUGCCAGUCCGCCGGGCGAAGGAAGGAGAAAGAGAGUAUUUUGCUGGUGUUCUCCGAGCCCUGGACACCGGUAUUCAAAUUCAUUCUGACUUCGCACCCUAUGAAGGCGCAGGUUGGGAGAUUGGGCGUGUCGCAGCUCAGCUCUCGUGGAACAUCCUGCUGAACAAAGUUCCAGGAGGCGAUACGUUCAUCUACGACAGAGAGUGGCAAGCCCCUGAGGACGACAUGGCAUGGCGGAAGGAGUUUCCCAAGUAUGCUUAUGAUCCGAAGGUUGUCGAAGGCCGUGCAAUCAAGGUAAUGAGUGCUGUAGCUGGUGACUUGACGUUUUUCAACCCAAGGAAUUUUCACGAGGUCCGACCAUGUGACGUGUCCAAAGAGGCUCCGACACCUAUGCGAUUCACCGUAAGUUCAUUUGUAGGGUAUCUACCUGCUUCGGGAUGCGAACCCCCUACACUUGUACUCUGGUCGUGAUAGACUAGUCGAUGAGUUCUGGUUAUCAAAGGAUCAUGUACACAGUUCUGGGUUGUGAUGCGUGCGUGGAGACUAGCACGCUGAUAAUACUUCAUAUGUGCAUAAACG